AUGUUUAAGAAAAACUAAUAUAUUGUAAAGUUUCUUGGCAAACUAUUAGAAUUUGAAAACAAAGCUUACAUCCUUCCCGAGUAUUUAGUCAAUAUUUUGUUGUUACAACAUUCGUUAGUUAAUCUAUCCUAUAUCUAUUAAUGGAAUGAGAAAUCGUGGAUAUAAAUAUUGGUGCUUAUAGCAAGGCCCUAACUGAUAAUAAAGAUAGAAUUCUUGAACUAUUUAAUGCUAGCGUUUAUAGUUCUAUGGUUUGUAUUUAUGUUUAAUCAAAAUUUAUAUGGGGCUUCACUGAUUAGUUUAUUUAAUACAUUAUUGAAGACUGCGUUGCUAAAUUUUGUACUUGAGUAAAUGGAAGAUUAAUUCGGACUUACUAUCGGAUUAUUUAUAAGCAUACUUGCAUUUUUUGAUGUUUUAUUAGUCUAAGGAACUCUUACUGUAAAUACAAUUAAUUUUUAAGUGUCAUACUCUAAUUACUUAAAUACUUUAGAGUUUAUAUUAAAUAUACUGCUAAUUUAUUUUUACCUAUUUCAAUUUGAUUAAAUUGUGUUAUAAAUAUUAGCUUUAAUCAAGUCUGGUUUUUAAUUAACUUUAAUAGUUUACUAUAACAAUUAUAGAAAUAGUAUAAUUAGAAAAUUAGCAGCAUCAUUUCAUUUAGCCACAAUUUUAUUUGGAAUAAUUAAUUUUGUUCAUUAUGAAGAUUUAAUCACUUUAUCUUUAUUACCGUUUUUACUAAAAAUUAUUCUUUAUUAAUAAUUUUAAAAUCAUAAUGUUGAUGAUCCUAUCUUAAAAGCUUCGAUUUUGUUUUAAGAAGGAAAGGUUUUUUAGUGUUUUAUAAUUUUAAACAAUUUAAAAGAUCUAGGGAUAAUGAGAAGGGCAAAAUGCAAUUAAUAAAUGAAAUAAUGUAUCGAUUAGAUAACUAUCAAAAUAUCAAAGCCUAACCAAACCUUAAAGGGCGUUUGUUAAUAACUAAUGAAAAAUGAUUAACGUAAUAUAUUGCUUUCAAAUUCAUUGAAUAAUUUGAUUCAAAACAAACUGCUUUUACUACAAAAUUUUAAAGAUAUCGAUUUCAACCAAUUGAUGCUAUAUACUGAUAAAGUUACUUCUAUAAGUCAUCAAUUAGAAUAAUACUAUAAUUAAUAAAAUAGUAUGAUGAUCUAAUCAUUAUUAGUAUUUUUUUAUUCUGAAAUUGUGAAUGACUUGCUGAAGGCUUAAUAAAUAUAAAGUAGUUUCUCAACAUCUCAAGAAACUUAAAUUAAAUUUAAUGAUUCAGUGUUAUCCAAGUUAAUUUAUUUAGUUGCAAACUAUCAAAACAAUAAGCUUAUAAUUAAAUCCAUAUCUAGUAAUGCUCCCAAGACUUUUUGCAAUAAAACCCUUGAAGAACUUGUUCCCAUUGGUGUUAGAGAAUGGCAUUCCUUACUGGUAGACAAGUUUGUUACCGACGGCUAAUCCAAAUAUGUUAGAACUCUUCACAACAAUUACAUUGCCAAUGAAAGUUUUAUAGAAAAUGUUCAAUUUGCUAUUGAUAUUUUUUAUACUAAUGAAGUGGAUUUUGUUUGCUUAUUCUAACCUACACUUUUAUAAACCAAAACAGUUAUUGUAAAUCAACACUAUUAAAUUACUUCGAUGAGUGCAGAUUUUAGUGAUUUUGUGAAUUUAAGUUAAUAAAUUGAUAAAUUUAUACCUUCUGUCACUUAAAUAACAGAAAGUUGCUACUUAGAGAACAUGAUUGUUAUGUAGUCUGAUCAAAUCUUAAGUGCUAAUAAUUUCUCUGAACAAAAAACUGAAAUGAAUUAUUAUUGCGAUGUGAAUAUUACUGUAAAAAUGCAUCAUGAUAAAAUGCUUUAUAUGAUUAUAUAAUUUGAUAAUUUUAAAAAGUAGAUAAUCAAGAAAAAUGAAGAAGUUUUUGAAGAAUAGAUUGCAGAAAGACAUACUUUUGAGAUGAUUCCUUUUGAACUUGAAAAUAAUAUAAUUUUGGACCCUUAUGAAUUUUCAGAAGACCUGAAUAGUAAACAAAAUAAAAACAAUUAUCUUUAUAUUGAUGAAAAAAACUUGGUUUAAUAACAAAUAUUUACACCUAGAGAUGAGGAAGUUUCUCUUGUAAAAUUUUAAAGAGUUGCAAAAAGAUUUUAAUCUCAAUUUAAGAAAUCUCAAUUUUAAGAAGAACAAUAAGCUAAAUUUUACGAUGUGCAGUCUUAGGUUUCUUCCUUAAAAAUAUUUAGAAGUUCUAAAUUUUAUAGAAAAUAUGAACUUUACAAUAAAUUUCUAUAAUUUAUUCCCUACAAUAGAAUACACAAAUUCAUUAUUUCCAUCAUGUUUCUAUUAGGUUUGCUUCAAAUAAUAUUCAUAAUAAUAUAAUUAACAGACAACCCUCUGGUCACUUUGGUAGAGGAUGUCAAUUUAUUGGAAAUCAAAAAUUUAAUAUUUUAACCAAUGGAAUUGUUCCUAGUUACUAGAUGGACUUUAUUUAACUACAAAAACCAAUUAACUGAACUAAAAAUAAGUUAAGAAGAUUAUACAAAUAGAACAUAAUUUGCACUAUCGAAUUUGGAUUUAGGUUAUGAUUAAUUGAAUUAAAAUAUAUAAUCGGUAUUAUUCAAAAAGGAAUUGCAGGCCUUAUUGUAAAUUAAGCACAUUUAUGCUUAUUAGUAUUUAGACACAUACAAAAAUGAAUAAUAUAAUAUGACUUUGAGAGCGGCUAUAUAGGUAUUAUUAAAUUUUUAAUAUACUCUCAAAAUGAAUUAUAAAAUUGAAAAAACAGUUGCUAUUGAUACCCCACAGGUUUUUUAUAGUUACAAAAAUUAUAAGAUAUUAAAUGACAUAGCUUAAUAAUUGAAUCUAGAUGUAAUAUCGUAGACUUUAUUAAGAGCAAGUUUGAUUUAAGAUGAAAUUGAGACCAUAUUAGCUAUUAAUUAAUCUCUGAUGAUAUUUCUAUUACUUUUAAUCUUUAUUUUGCAUCAUAUCAUAGACAGAAGACUAAUUCAAUGUAUCAACUUGAUAUAAUAUGUUGAUGAAAGGGAAUUAGAAUUUGAAAUCAAGAAAUAUUAAUCAUUUUUAAGUCAACUUAAGAUAGAUAAUUCAUUCAAAUUUUAAUAUAGAUUGGACGUGGAAGUUAAGGAAUAAUAAUUCUAAUAAUUUUAAGCUUAUGAGAUGCAGACAAAAAUUAAAUUUUAAAAGAUCUCAACUAAUUCUCUUCUCAAGUUUGGCUUAUUGUUAUCAAGCAUUUAUGUUUUCUUCUCUUUCAAUCAUUUUUCUAUCUACUUUUUGUAGAAAAAUUUUUUAGAAAAAUAUCCAGAAACUACAGAUUAUUUAAAAGGAUUUGGAAAUUUAGGUGUUGAUUUUCCCUGUAUGUUUGCACAACGUGAAAUUUUGUAUGAGAGAAAAAGAUUAAUGUAUUUAACAUAAGAGGAUUUCGAGUAUAUAUAUGAAAGAAUAAUAUUAGCCUUAACUAAUACUGCUGAAUUUGAUUCCAAAGAAAAAGAUUUUUCUAAAAUACUAGUAACAAAGAAAUUUUCAGAUUAUUAUGAACAAUUAGAAGUAUCUAAUUUGUGUAACUUUAUUCCAAAAAAUAUAGAAUAAAAGAGUUUAUCUAUUUGUGCUUAGAUCUUCAAUCAAAAUAUGUAAUUAGGUUUAAAAGCAGUUUUAAUCUAUGCAUAAAAUUUGAUUGCGAAAGAAAUAGAAAUUAAUAAAUUCACUAAACGACUUACUCUUGUAUACAAUGAGUUAGAUGGUGUCUUUAUUUUAUCUUAAAUAAUUAAGGAUUUAAAUACAGAGUUUGUUGAAGAUUUAAAAAAUCUAACCAAUAAACUAGUAUUAGUUUUGUAUGUAAAUGCAUUAUCAAUAAAUUAGAUUAUAAAUAUUUGUUAUUUAGUAGUUAUCCUAUUCAUAAUCCUGAUCUGGAUAACAAAAUUAGCAAAGAAACUUAUUAAUAAUACUAAGCAAAUUGUGCAAUUCGUAUAAAUUUUACCGACAUAUUCUCUCUUCACUAAUGACUUUUUUGAAAGAAUUAUGAGAAGUUUUUUAAAUCAAAAUUGA